CGCGCACGGUGCACCCGCUCACCGCCAACAGUCGGUUACGGAAGUAGGAAUUGUGGGAUAUGAAGUUGACGUCCAGAGAGCCGCUGCGGAGCAGUAAACGGGCUCAUUUGAGUCGAAAACAACAACAACAACAACACAUUAUUUUUAAAUGUUUGUGUGCAUCUGGUCGCUCGAUGUUGCACAUUAACGUGAUGAAUGUGCUGUUAUGUAACGUUACCGUUAGUUUAAUACGUGAUCUUGAUGGUGCAUUUAUGGCACGUAGGACACCAGAGAACUAUGCGUGCGGAUUUUAAGAUGCUCGAAGUAGGAACAGAGACACUUGGUUUAAAAGGUUACUAAGCGUCAGUGAAAGUGAUUUUUCUUUCUUCACAUGUUUUCACCCGUGUGCUCCUCGGAUGGAACACGCACAUAAUUUAUAUGGAGAAAAAAAGUGAUAAUUAGUGUAUUUGUUAGGCCCUGAUACCGUUUAACUUUUCUCAGCAUCUCUGUUUACACUUAAUUGUGUUGAACUACAUCGCAAGGGGCUUCUUGAAUACAAUACAAAGGUUGUAGAAUUAUAUUAUAUUAAAUUUAACAAUAUAUUAAUUAAUACGAGUAACACCUGAAUGCAGCGUAAGGGGCGGGGCUUACGUUUGAACGUACCGCCGGGAAACGGGGACAGUCGUGAUUGUGUUGGUGUUAGCUAGCUAAGAGUUCUGCCUGGUACGGUCCAGCUCGACUAAAGUAUCACAGUCUGCGCAUCUUUUGGGGAUGCGCGAGCCCAAAAGGAAAGACUGCGCAGUAAUUCCACGUCUUCCUCGUGUCGGUUCGCCCACUGACGACGAGGCAGCGUUUACCAGAGCUAGCUAGACGUUAGCUGACAGCAGCUAACAGCGCAGCUUUAGCAAAACAAUUUCCGCACACGCGCACACAGUCAUGGGCAGAGGUUAGCGGAAUAUACCGUUUGUACGUCAAGUAAUACGGUUCUUUGGCGCAAGAUGCCUAUCCGAGCAUAUUGCACCAUUUGCUCCGAUUUCUUCGAUCACUCCAGAGAUGUCGCUGCCAUCCACUGCGGACACACGUUCCACUAUGAAUGUCUCCUCCAGUGGUUCCAUACGGCUCCGACAAAAACCUGUCCACAAUGUAGAAAACAGGUCAGCACCAGACACAUCAUCAACAAGCUGUACUUUGACAUUGGUGGAGAGGAGGAGGGGAGCACCAAGGACCCUGAAAUAUUGCAGAACGACCUUGACCGAAUGAAGGCGCUCUUAAGCUCCAAAGAGCGAGACUGGCGGGACAAGCAGAAGACGAUGGACAGUUUGAAAGACAUUGUGGACAAGCAGAAGAGAGACCUGGACGGCGUGCGGAAGGACAUCAUGGAAAAGGAGAUGCUCUGUUCUACCCUCAGAAAACAGAUGACAUACCUUGAGACGCAAAAGAAUGAGACCCAGGCGGCCAAGGAGGAAGCCCGGAGACUGAGGACCAGAAUGAAAACCUUUGAGAGCCUGGAUGUGUUGUUGCAGGGCCAGAGAGCAGAGGUGGAGUCCAUGAUCACAGAUAUGGGCGUCAGCCAGGCGGCAGUGGAGCAGCUCUCCAUCUACUGCAUCUCGCUCAAAAAAGAGUACGAUAAUCUAAAAGGAAGCCUGAAGUCUACGAAUGACCUGUGUGAGAAGCUGAAGAGAGAAGUGCUCACCUCAAACAACAAGUUGCACAAAUCCACAGUGGAGGUGAAUCGGACCAGAGAGGACAUGACGUCUCUGCAGAACGAUUUGGCCAGCGCCGACAAGGAGAUCUCCAGUCUCAAGAAGAAAGUGGAGUUUCUUCAGAGGACUCUGAGCACCCCGACGCGGGCCAACGAAGCCCUCAGUCGGCUCGUCUUUGAAAGCCCGGCCCCGAUGGAGCUGAAGCAGCCUCGCCUCCACCAGCCCGCAGACAGCCAGGGCAUCGACCUCAACAUGACCUACGACGUCACCACGCCAGACGUGGCCAAGAGGCCGAAGCAGUGCCAAUCCAAGAAGAUGCGUCUUGAUCCUCUGGCGUUGCCUGUGUCCAAACACUGCGAGAAAAGUUCCUCUUUAAGCAAGGCUCGAGAAGAGGACGGAUCCCUGGAUCCUUUUCUGAGGAACUCCCUCCUCUUCAGAAAGAAGACUUUCGGCAGCAUGUUGGACCCUCAGAGGAAGCUUGGAGUUGUGAAAACUGGUUAUGAUGGUUUAGGAGGACGAACUAAAUUCAUCCAACCUUCUCCGUUAUCAGAGAUUCGCCCGCUGAUGAAAGCCAAAAGGAAAAAUGUGAGCAGGCCCCAACCCAAGAUUGCAACCUGCCUGACGAUGGACAGCUUCCUGCAAUAAACGGACGACCUCUCGGAGUGUGAGGUCGGGAUGCACCACGUUGGUACCGCUCUGGCACACAGAAGCAGCCCGCCAGCGGUUCUGCUACUCGGCACCAAACUGGACUUUCCCGAUCGAAAACUUUAAUUAAAAACCAGCGACUGACCUCCAGCAUGACAACGGAUGCUGAACUUUUGAAGACUUCAACAAACCUGCUGUACAUUUUUUUAUUUUUUUUUGUGUGUGUGUGUUGACUUGAAUGUGGAGACUGUGUCUCGACCAGCUUCACGUCGGAGCCUUUUGUUGUUAUCUUGGUGUCUGUGUGUGUGAGACGACUUGUUUACUCAGAAAAAUAUGUAUUUUUCGCACUUAUUUAAAAUUCACCCAACACCAACACGUGGAUAUACACACAAUUUUGUUGUGUUUUACUGGUCCUGCUAGAUGUAAAUCAAAUAAUAAACAAUCAUUUUUUUAUUAA